AUGAAUGGAGCCAUCAGUUUCUUCAAUAACAGCAAUUCAAACAUCAAUACGAAUAGCACUCAUCGGAGACCUUUUCUUGAUGAUUCGUCGAUCUCCUUGAAGAGUACCAGAAACCAAUUCCCAAGUGCUAAUGCCAAUGGAAAUAACAAUUGUGGUCCCGAUGGAUUAUUUCCUAAUAACAAUGCCCAGUCAGUGACCACAAAUAUUUGGGGCAAAGACGAUAACAAUCCCCUUGGAAAAUAUGACUUGAAUACCGGAAAAUCAAACAACGUUUGGCCUAAUGCUAAUUCGUUUUUCCCGACAGAUAAUAUAAUGACAGGUUCCUCAAUCACCUCGAGCACAACUUCUAAUAAUCCAGUGUCAUUGGCCAGCAAUUCGAUGUCCUAUAAAAUGAACCCACAAGAAUCUUUGAAAAAUAUGACUAGCGACAAUAUCUCCGGAAAUAAUGUUGCUUCUUCAAUCGAUGAUUUCAAUAACAAUACUUCAAUGGCUAUUAGGACAAAUAGCACUACAACUCCUCUCUUCACCCCGUUUGAUCCCAUGAAUUCAAAUGUGUCAAAUUCCAUAUCUUCAUAUCUUGAUAUCAACACUUCAACCGAACCUGUAUCGCUUCGACAAGGCAAUACUAUCACCUACGGAUCACAUAGCAAUAACGAAACCCCACUUACAACUCCGAUUCUCAGUUCCAAUAUGCACUCCAGAUUCUUUCCAUCACCAACUAGUGAAAGGAUUAGAUACAACUAUAACACAACAAAUAAUACUCCAUUGAUCAAUAAUGGUAACAAUCUUGGAAGCUUCAAUAUAUCGGAACCAAUCACCCAUUUAAAUUUAGCUUCGAGUCUAAAUACUCCUUCAGAACACAAAAACUCCAUUCCAGAGAACUUCUUUUUUGAUUCAAGUUUCUCGAAUUCCUUGAAGCGAGGAAAUGGGAUGGUCAACAGCAGUAACACUAUGAGUGGAAGUAUUAACCAAAGUAUAUUCAACGGCGGAUCAAACUUAAAUAAUAAUCCAAAACCUUCGAGUAGUAUAUUGGAUACUUUAAAGAACAAAUCCGUUGAUUCAUUUGAGAUGCUGUUUAGAAAUAAUGAAAAUAUGCUACCUAAUUUUGUUCACGAAGAAUUAGAGGGAGAUGAUUCAUUUUUAAAUCCUAGGGGUAAUAUCUUUAAUGAUAGCACCAAUCUCAAUACCAAUAACCAAAUCAACUCACAGCAUUUGCAGCCUUCAAAUCUCCCCUUAAAACCCUUUGGAAUAUCAAGCUCAAACGGUAGAUUGGAAAAUGAAAUUAACAUCAAUAAUAAUUAUAAUGUUUAUCAAAAUGAUUAUUAUAGUGCUUCGAGCUCUCCAAUUACGGAGAGAAUGAAAUCAAAUUUUUUUCAAAACUCAUUUAUUCCUAUGGAUGACCAACAUCAUAAAACACAGGAAAUAAUACCAAAUUCACGCUUCAAGGACCAGAAUAAAAACCUCGAUAUAUUAAUCACCCACUCAAAUAACAUAGAAUCACAAAUCGAAAAUAUUGAUAGACAACGCAGGGAAGUCCUCAAGAAAAAUAACGAUGAUGAAAAUGAUAUUCUUGUCUCAUUGACUGGAUUCAAUUUAAAUGGCGAAGACAGACAGCCGAAAGCAGAAAAGAUAUCCUCUCAACCAGAUAUCUUAUUCAAUACAACAACUGAGAACGAUACGAUAUAUCCCGAAGGUUUCUCAUCUACAUUUUAUAAGAGAGCAAAAAAUAAUUUCAUGUUUGUUCGUGAAAUACAGGCGAAAUCAACAAUUAUAAAGUUCAGAUCGUCCUCUUUAAUAGAGUUCAGAGUUAGCUUACCAACAAUCCCAUUGUUUGAAAAAGAAGAGACAUUUGCCAACGAGCCAACUGUUUAUACUUCUGUACCAACAUCUGAUCUGAAGUCUCCCGACACAUCAACCAUGGUUACCCCAACAAAUGAACCACCAGAUAAUAAUAACAGCAACAAAAAGAAAAAAUAUAAAUCGUACGCAGUUCAGAUUAAUUUGAAUGAGCUUGAAGGAAAAAUUGGCGGGUUGAGAGUUUCCAAACAACAAGCAUUACAACAGCUGCAAAAGGAGGGAUCAUCGCAAUCCCCUUCCUCCUCUUCAGGCUUCAACAAAAAACCAAAUGGUAAACGUGGCUUAUCUUAUAAAAAAAGAAGUAGCAAUACUUAUUAUUAUAAGAAAGGAUAUAGCAAUAAUAUUAGUCCAAUUAAACAGAAGGCGAGUUAA